CGGCGGGGCCGGGCGGGCGGCGGGCGGGCGGGCACGGUGGUCCGUCCAUCCGUCCGUCCAUCCACCCAUCCACCCUCCCAGCCAGCCAGCCGGGUGAGUCGCCCGCCGAGUAAACAGCAGGUUCUCCUUCGCAGACGCACACGCAGACGCAGAGGAGCCCGACGUCCGCCCAGGAAGAUGCCCGGGACCGACCUCUUCAAGUUGAAGGACUUUGAGCCUUAUCUGGAGAUUUUGGAAGCAUAUUCCACCAAAGCCAAGAAUUACGUGAAUGGGUACUGCACCAAAUAUGAGCCCUGGCAGCUCAUUGCAUGGAGUGUCCUGUGUACUCUGCUGAUAGUCUGGGUGUAUGAGCUUAUCUUCCAGCCAGAGAGUUUAUGGUCUCGGUUUAAAAAUAAAUUAUUUAAGCUUAUUAGGAAGAUGCCAUUUAUUGGACAUAAGAUCGAACAACAGUUGAACAAAGCCAAGAAGGAUCUUGUCAAGAACAUGCCAUUCCUGAAGGUGGACAAAGAGUAUGUGAAAACUCUGCCUGCUCAGGGUAUGAGCACAGCUCAGGUUCUGGAGACACUCAAGGAGUACAGCUCCAUGGAUGUUUCCUGGCAAGAAGGGAAAGCCUCAGGAACCGUGUACAGCGGGGAACCAAAGCUCACAGAGCUGCUGGUGCAGGCUUAUGGAGAAUUCACAUGGAGCAAUCCACUGCAUCCAGAUAUCUUCCCUGGACUACGGAAGUUAGAGGCAGAAAUCGUAAGGAUGACUUGUUCUCUCUUCAAUGGGGGACCAGAUUCCUGUGGAUGUGUGACUUCUGGAGGGACAGAAAGCAUCCUGAUGGCCUGCAAAGCUUAUCGGGACUUGGCCUUAGAGAAGGGGAUCAAAACUCCAGAAAUUGUGGCUCCUGAGAGUGCCCAUGCUGCAUUCGACAAAGCAGCUCAUUACUUUGGAAUGAAGAUUAUCCGAGUUGCCCUGAAAAAAAACAUGGAGGUGGAUGUGCGGGCAAUGAAAAGAGCCAUCUCCGGGAACACAGCCAUGUUGGUCUGUUCUACCCCACAGUUUCCUCAUGGUGUGAUGGAUCCUGUCCCCGAAGUGGCCAAGCUGGCUGUCAAAUACAAAAUCCCAUUACAUGUGGAUGCUUGUCUUGGGGGCUUCCUCAUUGUCUUCAUGGAGAAAGCAGGGUACCCACUGGAGAUACCGUUUGAUUUCCGGGUGAAUGGUGUGACCAGCAUUUCAGCAGAUACUCAUAAGUAUGGCUAUGCUCCCAAAGGCUCAUCAGUGGUGAUGUACUCUAACGAGAAGUACAGGAAGUACCAGUUCUUUGUUGGUGCAGACUGGCAAGGUGGCAUCUACGCAUCUCCAAGCAUAGCUGGCUCACGGCCUGGUGGCAUCAUUGCAGCCUGUUGGGCCGCCUUGGUGCACAUUGGUGAGAACGGCUAUGUUGAAGCUACCAAACAGAUCAUCAAAACUUCUCGCUUCCUCAAGUCAGAACUGGAAAACAUCAAAAACAUCUUCAUUUUCGGGGAUCCUCAGUUGUCAGUUAUUGCUCUGGGAUCCAACGAUUUUGACAUCUACCGACUAUCUAAUAUGAUGUCUGCUAAGGGUUGGAAUUUUAACUACUUGCAGUUCCCAAAAAGCAUUCAUUUCUGCAUUACGUUAGUACAUACUCGGAAGCGAGUGGCAAUCCAGUUCCUAAAGGAUAUCCGGGAAUCGGUUACACAAAUCAUGAAGAAUCCUAAAGCUAAGACCACAGGAAUGGGUGCCAUCUAUGGCAUGGCCCAGGCAACCAUUGACAGGAAGCUGGUUGCAGAAAUAUCCUCCGUCUUCUUGGACAGCCUUUAUAGUACAGACCCUGUGACUCAGGGCAACCAGAUGAACGGUUCUCCAAAGCCCCGCUGAACUCGGACAGCCUCGUUAGUUCCGUGGAGCUUCAGGCCUUCAGAAGGUUCUUGGCAUCUGGAACCAACCGCACACAACUCGGCAUCUGGACUGACUCAUUAGAGCACAAUAGGAUAACCCAUAAGACAACUUCCCUGUCAGGGCUUCUCUGUCUCCUUGGGGCUUUUAGUUUGAAGACCCUGAAGGAUCCCACUGCAUAGUGAGUCUGCCCUGGUUACUAAUGUUACCCUAGCAACUGUUUUAACCAUAUUUUUCUCUGAUGUCUUUUUUGUUUUGUUUUGUUUUUGGUUUUUUGAGACAGGGUUUCUCUGUAUAGCCCUGGCUGUCCUGGAACUCACUCUGUAGACCAGGCUGGCCUUGAACUCAGAAAUCCGUCUGCCUCUGCCUCCCAAAUGCUGGGAUUAAAGGCGUGCACCGCUGCCGCUGCCACCUGGCUUUCUCUGACGUCUUUAGCAUCGGCUUCACUCAAUCAUUGUGUGGUGGGUCCGACCUGUCCUGAUUGCUUAGGAAAAGUGAGAUAGCAAGAGGGUGUCUCUGCUACCUCAGUGGAAUGUUCUGGCCGUCAGGCAGGAGACAUUUAUGUACUGUGUUCCCUCAGGUGGGUGUUAGUCUGUCCUGCACAGGGGACGAUUUCAGCCUCUGUUCAGGAGCUGCCGUCUGUCUCUCAGGAUCACUGUCAUUACAACCUGCUUUCCUUUUCCAAGCACAGGUCGGCCAGACUACUGGUGUCCCCCCCCCCCCACCCCCUUAAAUAACUGGAGUAUGUUCCUUGGCAGGAUUUGAAGUGCUCCUUUGUCUUGUGCAUGCCCAUGGCUGCUGCCAUCUUUGGAGACGCCUGUUGGCAUUGAUACUCACAUUUGUUUGUUCUUAUUGCUGUAGGGUAGGAAAUGAACAUGUUUUUCAGAGAAUCUAGGGCUUUCUGGCUAUUGGCACUGCCUCUCUGAAUGGAGUAGGGAUGGAUUACUCCUGAGCCGUCUCCUGGGCCAGAGGAGCCAAAACCAGACCCUUUCCCAUAUUUUUGUGAACAGCAGCAUAGGUAAGCACCUAUGUCGUGCACAUGUGGGCAGUGGUCUUCUCCUUCAACAUUGCCUUAAGCCUUCAUGUAGUGAGAAUCUGUUUUUAUUGAAGAAAACACUCCACAAGUGUCCUUGACCUCCUCAUUGGGUGUGAAGGUGUGCAGAGAACCCUUGUUCCAUCAGUGUGUGUUCUUUCUGUCCCUUCCUCCCUUUAUUCGGUUUCCAAAGGUACGACGACGGCAUUUUAGCUUCAGGUACUAAACGUUCCUCAGGCCCUGCUAAAUGGCAGCAGUGUAGGACAAGAGGCAUUUUGGAGAAGAAAGGGAUGGCUACAGCCAUUACACUUGGGGCCUGGGAUUCCUUCCUAAGACUGGUUGCCCAGGGAUAUACAGGGACAGGACCAAUCCCUGGCCAGCUUCCCACUUGCUUCUCCCUUUUAGGGAUUGGGGGCUCUGAGGUAGGCUGAGCCCCUGUCCUGCUCUUAUGUGCCUUUCUACCCAUCAAUGAGUAACAAACUUAGUCCUCACCCAGGCCCUGGCAGAAAUGGACUUGGGACAGAUCACCAGAAGCCAUGCUCUGUUCCUUCCCCUUCUCAGGGAUUCCUGAGUAUUCAACCUGAGCCUUGCUCGCUGGGAGAGCCAGACCACCAGGCUGUUCCUCACCCUCCUUAGGAAGUGUCUUCAGCACUGUUCUGACCCCAGAGCUGUAACCAGCUGGCUCAUUGCAGGGCAGGUGCAUAUGUUCACGUCCCUCCUGUGUGCUCCAUAGUGCGUUAUGAGGCUCAGGGACGGUUGAAGUUGAUGUGUGUCAGAGAGAGGCUGAGUUCCUGAGCUCACACACUUCCAGUGGUUAGAGCUAUGCAGGACUCCUCCCUGGGCCUACAGUGUAUCAUGCUGGAGAGGUCCAGGGACCACCCAGCAGGCACCACUGGCUAAAAUGGAGAAGCGUCCUUUCUAGUCUCAGCAGAGCCAGGGACCAAGCUGCUCCCUUCCUUUGUGGUAACACUGGCAUGCGGUGCUGGUGUUUUUCAGAGGGACCUGCGGCAGCCAUUUUAAUUCAUGAUUAGGAACCUUAGUGUGACUUAAGACUUUCAUUGUAUGUUUAUGUGUGCAUGCCAUGCCUAGUCGGUGACAGGGGUGGGUGGGGUGUCUAGUAUCAUGGUAUCAUGUGGCUUAGGAGGUGCCAUAGUAGCUUCUGCAAAUAAUGUACUGUCUUGUUUCUGUAUUAGAUAUAGGUAGUCAUGUGAAUAUACUGCCAUGUCAUUUUUAAUAUUAUCAAUUUUAUACUUGGAAAAUGGUACUUGCCUCUUUGAAAUCUGUUUUGUCUCCUCUAAUGUCCCCACCAUCUCCAUGUCCUUUCCUAACUGCAGCAAUAACUCUUCAAAAGCAAUUGAAUAAUAAACGUCCCAAGCUGUAA